AUGUCCCUAGAGAGCACUACAUUCAUUGCUCACCUCUCUCCUUCCUCUGCAGAAUUUGCCUUCUGCCAGGUGGAUGCCUCCAUUGCUCUAGCUCUGGCCCUGGCUGUCCUGUGUGACCUGCUCCAGCAGUGGGACCAGCUGGCCCCUGCACUGCCCAUCCUGCUGGGAUGGCUGUUGGGAGAGGGUGAGGACCUUGUGGUCAGUGUGGAGACCAUGCAUCAGGUGGAAGAAGACUACCUGUUUGAAAAAGCAGAAGUCAACUUUUGGGCUGAGACUCUGAUCUUCGUGAAAUACCUCUGCAAGCACCUCUUCCAUCUCCUCUCCAAAUCUGGCUGGCGUCACCCCAGCCCUGAGAGGCUCUCUCACAUUCAAAAGACUGUGUCAAAGCAGUGCCACCUCCUUUCUCACCUCUUCAGAGAGCUUCCACCAGCCGCUGAGUUUUUGAAGACAGUGGAGUUCACAAGACUACGCAUCCAGGAGGAAAGGAUUUUGGCUUGUUUGAGGCUGCUAGCCUUUUUGGAAGGAAAAGAAGGAGAAGACACCCUAGUUCUCAGUGCUUCAGAUUCUCUCGCAGAAACCAGUUAACUAUUCCAAGAACAGAAACAGCAUGUUGAAGACAGAAGAUUUGGGGGGCUGGGGCAGGGGUGAGCGAAUUAUUCCUCCACUAAAGCUGCAGGAAACAUGUUGAACAUAAAUUUAAAAAAAUUUUCCCCUUCA